AUGGCGGUCGAAAAUGAGUCAAAUGGGAAGGACCAGCAUUCAGAUUCAGACGAUGACAUUACAGAUGUACAAGAUUGGUCGCAUAUCGCCAAACUAACGAGGAAACAGGCGAUCAUCCCGAAAAGAGGCGAGAAAGAUUACGAACCAGAUGGAACAGAUGUCCAAGAGUUUUUACUAUUCCAAGCAAGACAGGAGAUGUUCGACACGUUGCUGAACGCUGCUAGAGGCUCUGUAAAGAAAAACACUAUCAACGGCUAUUAUGAGCAAACGACGCAUCAGGCCUUCAUACCAUUUCCACGAGGAAAUUUCAUGCAUACGAUGGGCCAAGUCGAUCGUACGGGCGUGUGUUGGCUUGAGUUUAACGAAUUCGUGUAUCUCUCAGAAAGAGGUACCGUUAGACCCUUCCUCAAGUGCGGGGACGAUUUUGAUCUGCCUUUGAGUGUCCAGGAUUUGUAUGCAUACUUUCGGUCCUCUGAAGAGCUUGAUAACUAUGCCGUUUACGCGCAUCUGAAAAGAUUGGGUUUCAUUGUAACCUCUUCGAGACAUCGGCCCCGGAUUGGGUGUUCGGAGAACACUAAUUCAACUAGAACAUCUUGGAUUUCGAAAUCGUUCAAUUGCAUAAAUCGUCUUUUCACAAACCUUUUCAACGUCCCGUUCUAUAGUCCGUUCUUUUACAAAAUCCUGAGAUUUACCUCAUCUGGUCAACUAUACCUGCAAUUGAGCAAAUUGGUACCGUACUAUUCGGCACAGAAGUUUGCUUCGUUAUCUUCCGUGCACGAACAUGUCCCGAUCAAAAGUGAGCGUCAAGUAAAAGAAUGGCAUAUAACUUUUGAUGUUUGGAAACCAAAAGCAGGUUUCAAGAAGAAAACCCCAGGAGUACCAGAUUUCCAAGUUAUUGUGUUCAAUAAAAACGCAAGCUCUCAGCGUUUCCCCACGUACCGCGAAUUUCGAUAUCUUUUCCGAAAACUAGAAUCCAAGAGCGACGCGACUUCGGAGCGUGAAGACUCCAAAUGGGGCAGAAUUGUGGGGAAGCUAAAAGCAUUUUUUAAUAGAGGAUAUUGGCCAGGAGAACCAAGCUCAGAAUGCAAGGAAAAAGAAGCCAAACCUUCGAAAAAGGUGACGCAAAUACAGCGCUUGAAAAAGGGCUACAAAAGUUUCAUUAUGGCUGUUAUGGACGAUGGAUUAAUAAGUUACAUUCGAUUAUCGGAGAACGAAUUUGGUUCUGAGAGUGUUUGGUAUGACGGUGCGCGCAUGCAAAAUAAACGAUCAAAGCGCAAAAAUGCAAAACCAACGAAAAUGACGAAUUAG